UCCGAGUGACUGCGGCGGAGGAUACAGUGUAUGAAGCGGGGGCAGCACGGGACACACAGGGGGCAGCACGGGACCCAGGGCCGACAGUCAUCCCAUCGCGGUCCCUGGCAGCCGGACUCGGAGGUUUCUGGCCUCCUGCACCCGGCCUCAGCCCCCCACACCCCGUGUAGACCCCCCAGCAGCCCCGGGGUAAAUGCGAGAUGCCCGCAGGAUGCCAGAGCUGGGGGUUCAUGUACAGAGCCAUAUAGACGGGGCCUAUAGAGGGCACUUAUAGGGUCACCUGCCCCCGAGGUAGAUGCUCGUGGUACCCGCUACAUACCCCAGCUGGAGGAAGCUUCUGCCCCAAACCCCGGCACCGGCUGCUCCAGGACGUGGCCCGGUGACCAUGCUGUGCCAGGCAGGGGGGCUGCCGGCGGCCGCCAUGUACCCCGGGCUGACCCUGCUCCGCUCCGGACUCCUCUACCUGCUGCUCCUCACCCCCGGCUCCCAGGGCAAAGGAUGCGAGAAAAGCCCCUGCUUCUCCGGCCGCUGUGUCAACGCCACCUGCGUGUGCGACCCCGGCUGGGUGGGAGAUCAGUGCCACCACUGCCAAGGCAGAUUCAAGCUAACAGAACCCUCCGGAUAUCUGACAGACGGACCCAUUAAUUACAAAUACAAAACCAAGUGUACCUGGCUAAUCGAAGGCUACCCACACGCUGUCCUCAGGUUGCGAUUCAAUCAUUUUGCCACGGAAUGUAGCUGGGACCAUAUGUACGUGUAUGACGGGGACUCCAUCUAUUCACCACUAAUCGCUGUGCUCAGCGGUCUGAUUGUCCCGGAAGCUCCCGGAAACGAGACGGUUCCCGAAGUCGUCACCACGUCAGGAUACGCUUUGCUUCACUUUUUUAGCGACGCUGCUUACAACUUAACCGGCUUCAACAUAUUUUACUCGAUAAACUCCUGCCCAAACAACUGCUCGGCGCACGGGAAAUGCACCACGAGCGCCUCUGUCCCGAGCCGGGUCUACUGCGAGUGCGACAAAUACUGGAAGGGGGAGGCAUGCGAUAUCCCGUACUGCAAGAACAACUGCGGCAGCCCUGACCACGGCUACUGCGACCUGACCGGGGAGAAGCUGUGUGUCUGCAACGACAGCUGGCAAGGUCCAGACUGCUCCGUCAGCGUCCCCUCCACGGACUCCUACUGGAUUCUGCCCAACGUGAAGCCGUUCAGCCCCUCGGUAGGACGAGCCUCUCACAAAGCUGUCAUGCACGGAAAAUUCAUGUGGGUGAUCGGCGGAUAUGCCUUUAAUUACAGCUCGUAUCAGAUGGUUUUAAACUACAAUGUAGAGAGCAGUAUAUGGAACGUGGUGCCCGUGUUACGUGGCCCUCUGCCAAGAUACGGACAUUCUCUUACCUUGUUUCAGGACGACAUCUACAUGUACGGCGGGAAGAUCGAAACCCCCGCCGGGAACAUCACGGACGAGCUUUGGGUCUUUAACAUACCCAGCCAGUCCUGGAGCACCAGGACCCCCACCGUCCUCAACCAUGCGCAGCAGUACGCCCUGGAGGGCCACACGGCCCACGUGGUGGAACUCGAUAACAGAGAAGCCGUGAUGCUCAUCGUGUUUGGAUACUCGUCUGUGUACGGAUACAUCAGCAACGUCCAGGAGUACUACAUGAGAUCCAAUACCUGGCUGGUUCCGGAGACCAGAGGAGCCAUCGUGCAGGGCGGUUACGGUCACACCAGUGUCUACGAUCCGUUCACGAAGGCCGUGUACGUGCACGGGGGCCACAAGGCUUUACCUGGGAACAAAUACGGGCUGGUGGACGAUCUGUACCGGUACGAAGUGAACAGCAGGACGUGGACCAUCCUGAGGGUGAGCGGGCUGGCGCGGUACCUCCAUUCUGCCGUCCUGAUCAGCGGCACCCUGCUGGUGUUUGGGGGGAACACGCACAACGACACUUCCCUGAGCAACGGCGCCAAGUGCUUCUCCGCCGACUUCCUGGCCUACGACAUCGCGUGCGAUGAAUGGAAGGUUCUGCAGAAGCCCAAUCUCCACCGUGACGUCAACCGCUUCGGGCACUCGGCCGUCGUCAGCAACGGGUCCAUGUUUAUAUUUGGGGGCUUUUCCAGCGUCCUCCUUAAUGACAUUUUGGUGUAUAAGCCCCCGAGCUGCGAGGCUUUCCGCGGCGAGGAUCUCUGCACGAACGCCAUGCGCGGAAUCAGCUGCGCGUGGGACAGGGACCACUGCGUGUCGUGGGAGACGGCGCGAGCCAACGGCAAGUCCUUCCAAGCCCGCUGCCCCGCCAAAUCAGCCGCGUCGGACGACAGAUGCUACAAGAACACGGACUGCGCCAGCUGCACGGCGAAUACCAACGGCUGCCAGUGGUGCGACGAUAAGAAGUGCGUGUCGCUGAACAGCAACUGCAGCGUGUCGGUGAAAAACUACACGAAAUGCUACAUCCGCAACGAGCAGAUCUGCAACAAACUGACGAGCUGUAAGAGCUGCUCCCUGAAUCUGAACUGUCAGUGGGACCAGAGGCAGCAGGAGUGCCAAGCGCUGCCAGCUCACCUGUGCGGGGAGGGCUGGACGCACGUGGGGGACGCCUGUCUGCGCAUCAACUCGAGCCGGGACAGCUACGACAACGCCAGGGUUUACUGCCACAACCUCAGCGGCAGCCUGGCCUCCCUGACGACCCCCAAGGAGGUGGAUUUUGUUCUGGAUGAGAUGCAGAAAUACACGGUCCAGAAGCUGUCACCCUGGGUGGGCUUGCGUAAAAUCAACAUCUCGUACUGGGGUUGGGAGGACAUGUGCCCGUUUACCAACACCACCCUGCAGUGGCUUCCAGGAGAGCCCAGCGACUCGGGAUUCUGCGCCAACUUAGAGCGAGCCGAGGUGGCCGGACUGAAAGCCAACCCCUGCACGGCCCUGACGGACGGCCUAGUGUGCGAGAAGCCGGUCGUGAGUCCGAACCAGAACGCCCGUCCGUGUAAAAUGCCGUGUUCCCUGCGAACCUCGUGUUCCAACUGCACCAGCAACGGCAUGGAGUGCAUGUGGUGCAGCAACGCCAAGCGCUGCGUGGACUCCAACGCGUACAUCAUCUCCUUCCCGUACGGACAGUGCCUCGAGUGGCAAACCAACACCUGCUCCCCCCAGAAUUGCUCGGGAUUCCGGACAUGCGCGCUCUGCCUGGAGCACCCCGGCUGCGGAUGGUGUAACGACCCCAGUAACACAGGGAGGGGGCAUUGCAUGGAAGGGUCGUCCAGGGGUCCCAUGAAAAUCUUGGGGAAGCAAAGCAGCGAGAUGGUUCUGGACACCGGCCUGUGCCCUCGGGAAAAGAAUUACGAGUGGUCUUUCAUCCACUGCCCAGCGUGCCAGUGUAACGGUCACAGCACGUGCGUUAACGGCAACGUAUGCGAGCAAUGCAAGAACCUCACCACCGGAGAACAUUGCGAGAACUGUAUGGCUGGUUACCACGGCAACCCGACCAAUGGGGGAGAAUGCGAAGCCUGUGUCUGUAACGGUCACGCCAGUAUCUGCGAGAUGCAAACCGGGAAAUGCCACUGCACCACCAAGGGCAUCAAAGGAGACCAAUGCCAGCUAUGCGAUUCUGAGAACCGUUAUUUGGGGAACCCGCUCCGCGGCACCUGUUACUACAGCCUCCUGAUCGAUUACCAAUUCACCUUCAGCCUCAUCCAAGAAGAUGACCGGCACCACACCGCCAUCAACUUCAUCGCCAACCCGGAGCAGUCCAACAAGAAUCUGGAUAUUUCCAUCAAUGCAUCAAAUAACUUCAACCUCAACAUCACCUGGUCGAUUGGAUCUACAGCCGGCACCAUAUCGGGGGAGGAGGUCACGCUGGUCUCCCGGUCGUAUAUCAAGGAUUAUCGGGACAGCUUCUCCUGCGAGAAAUUCAACUUCCGGAGCAACCCCAACAUUACGUUCUACGUCUACGUCAGCAAUUUCACCUGGCCAAUUAAAAUUCAGAUCGCCUUCUCGCAGCAUAACACGAUCAUGGACCUGGUGCAGUUCUUCGUCACGUUCUUCAGCUGCUUCUUAUCUCUCCUGCUGGUCGCUGCCGUUGUCUGGAAGAUUAAGCAGACCUGCUGGGCGUCGCGCCGGAGAGAGCAGCUGAUGCGGGAGCGCCAGCAGAUGGCGAGCCGUCCGUUCGCCUCGGUAGAUGUGGCCCUGGAGGUUGGUGCGGAGCCGGCAGGACUCCACCGCGGGCCCCUGGAGGGUGUCCCAAAACCGAUCGCUAUAGAGCCGUGUGCGGGGAAUAAGGCUGCCGUGCUCACCGUGUUCCUGUGUCUGCCGAGCGGCUCGUGCGGAGUUCCCCCGCCGGGACAGUCCGGUCUCGCCAUCGCCAGCGCGCUGAUAGACAUAUCGCAGCAGAAAUCCCUGGACUGCAAAGAUAAGACCCUGUGUGUCCGCAACCGCAAGCCGCAUCCGCCGACCAGACAAGGGACCUGCGUUUGAGGCGACCCGGAAACCACGACGGCUCCCAGCGGUUCUGUUCUUUAGCGUCGGCGGCUUCCGUUCAGAGCUCUUCCGCGGCCUCGUUAGCGGCGGGCGUUCAGGGGGAGACCGCCGAGUGCCGUCCGUCCCACCGACCCAACGUGAGACCCGGCAAACGGCUCGUGAUUGGCCACGAAACCAAAUACCGGCAUCAGAAAUGGGAGAAACGCGUCAGGAAGACGCAACGGACUGAAAAAAAACGUCGGAAUUUUCUUUUGCCUGUAAAUAAAUGGAAAUCGGAAUCCCUGAAAUGUGGUUUCUACCGGGAAACGGUGCAUGUGAUUACGUAAUAAUAAGCUGACGGCUCUAUACAGUGUCAGGGGCUUCACCUUCAGUCAGGGGGCAUGGAGGAGAAAGCGGGGGCUUUUAGGGCUUUUUUUUUUAUGAUGUUGAUUUCAGAUCGAAACGGGAAAAAGACGAGGAAAUGAAAUGUACGAAAUCCGCCAAUAAACAGAUGUUUCUAGAUCCACCAAUCAGGAAGCGGC